AUUCAUUUCGCUGUGAGCUGUCAUCGAAUGUAGUCGAGUUUGGUGCUGUUUUUAUUUCAUCCCGAUUCUCAAAUUUGAUUCAUACAUUUAUAUUUUUUGCAAAGCAGAAAAUCCUUUAACAAUACCAAGUUCGUUACCUGUGAUUUUGUGUUACGAUAUUAAUUAAAAGUGUUAAUGUACAAAGGCAUUAAAUACUAAUAUACAUUUUAAUUAAUAGUAAUUUGAGUGUGAUAUUAAACGAGUACCUGUUUUCUUUUUAUUUCUAAUUGGAAAAAAAGAAUCGAGUAACCAAAUAAAAUCCCUUGAAAAAUCGAUAAAAAUAGAUCUACUCUACCUACCGCACCGCGCCUUCGCUUAGGAUUUUCUCUUAUGCGCUGUUGCAACAGAACAACAUUUAUUAGGCGCCAAUUAUUAAGCCUGUCCUAAUUUUGUCAGACAUCAGCUGAUUUUCAAAGUAAACAGGAUUUCUAGCCUGUUCCACGAUUAAGUUGAAAUUAGCGAAAGACUAAAAAGGUGCCGACACAAAAAUCAAUUCCAGCAAUUAACUGUCGCACUUCAACUUUUGUCAAAGACAAACAAAACAUAAAAAGACUUUAACGACAAUAAUUUUUUAUAAAUCAAUAAGGUUUCUUGUUUUUCUUCGAUUUUUGUUUUGUUGUUGUUCUAUUUGAAUUAUGGGAACAGAAGGCUGUUGCCAGCAACAAACCGAUAGUGAAACUACAUCAAAGCUUGUCUUGGAGGCUGGGCAUAAUAGCAAUGACAGAUGUUGCAAGAACAAUGGAAGUCGAGAAACAGCAGAAACGGAAGUACCAUUCAUACCAUUGACCGUUGAUGAAAACGAUGUGAUAUCCGGUGCCAAAGAGAUUUUGAAAGUAAUUCGAUCGCAUUGGGAUUUGUCUACAGCUGAAUUUAAGAUUUUUACUGAUGGCAUUACAAACAAACUAGUGGGUUGCUUUAACAAAACUCCACAAGAUGACAAUAAUACUUCUCAAAAUGGUGCUACCGACUAUUCCAAAAAUGUGGUGCUCGUCCGAGUUUACGGCAACAAAACCGACCUACUUAUCGAUCGCAAAGCUGAAACCCGCAACAUUAAGCUACUUCAUUCGUACGGAUUCGCCCCCUCACUAUUUGCUACAUUUAAAAAUGGCCUCGCCUACGAAUAUGUACCCGGAGUAACACUCAAUCCAGAAAGCGUGACAAAACCUGAAAUAUGGAAACUUGUUGCAUGCCGUAUGGCAGACAUGCAUAAAGUAUCCCAAGACAACGGUUUGACGAUACCAUCAUCCACACGCGAAUCAAUGCUUUGGAAAAAAGUUCAAAGCUUCUUCGAUCUAGUGCCCGAACGUUUUUCAGAUGCAGACAAGCACAGCAGGUUAGAAAAAACUUUUCUACCAAUUUCGAAGAUCCGCAACGAGUUUGAAAUGCUUUACAAGAAACUUAAAUCACUAAAUAGUCCGCUUGUGUUUGCACACAAUGAUUUAUUGCUGGGCAAUGUUAUCUACACAGAAUCCCUGUCACAGAUAACCUUAAUCGAUUACGAAUAUGCUGACUAUAAUUUCCAAGCAUUUGAUAUUGGCAAUCAUUUUGCUGAAUUUGCUGGCGUAGAUGAAGUUGAUUAUAAGCGUUAUCCAUCCAAGGAAUUUCAACUUAAUUGGUUGCGUACUUAUUUGGAGUCAUAUUUAGGAACCAGCCAAGUUUCAGAUGAACAAGUCGAAACAUUGUAUGUGCAAGUGAAUCAAUUUGCAUUGGCAGCACACUUCUUUUGGACGAUAUGGGCACUUAUUCAGGCGGAAUAUUCAACAAUUGACUUUGAUUUUGUCGACUACGCCUUUACCCGUUACAAUGAAUACUUAAGCAAAAAGGACCAAUUUCUAUCACUGGAUACAAACACCAAUAGUCUUAGCUGAAAUAAGUUUCUUAACGAAAUCGUUUGACACGAAACCAGCAAGACAUUUAAAAAGCUACAUGUGAAACUAAAAACAAUAAUUACAUAACUGUUUUUGUUUAUUUGUAUAAAGUUAAAUCGAAAAUUCAUAAAAAAAAACUGAAAAACAAAAAAAAACUUAAUCUUCGGCAAAUUUUAUAAAAUUAUAGUUUCAUCGAUUUUUUUGUUGCUAAGAACUUAGUUCGCUUUUUAAUUUAUAAUUAAGCUUAAAAAUAUUUAAUAAUUACUUAAAACGAGCGAAUCGUAUUUGUUUUUUUAUUUUGUAUGUUUAAUUUUAAAAAUUUAAAGCAUUCCCUCUAGAUACAUUGUUAUUAUAUUGUUUUACAAAUUAUUUUUAUGUUAAUUUUUUUUAAUCAUUUUGUUGAAUGUUUUAAUGUAUAAAAGGUGAAUUAAAGGUAUUUUAAAAAAUAUAA